AUGGAAAAAUCCUUCUUUCGUCUCGUUCUUUCUGUAUCUUGCGCCUUUCUACUUUGUGCUGAGUGCCCAUGUUUCUUUAUACAUCUGUUGAGUGUCCCUGUUCCUAUAUACUUCCAGUUGAGUGGGCCUGUUCCUAUAUACGUCGUGUUGAGUGACCGUGUUCCUUUAUACUUCGUGUUGAGUGUCACUUUUCCUUUAUAUUUCGUUAUCCCUGUUCCUAUAUACUUCGUGUUGAGUGGCGCCGUUCCUUUCUUUAUACUUUGUGGCCCUGUUCGUUUAUACUUCGUUUCCUUUAUACUUCGUGUUGAGUGGCGUCGUUCCUUAAUACUUUGUUUGGAGUGUCCCUGUUUAUUUAUACUUUGUGUUGAAUGUCCCUGUUCCUUUAUACUACGUAUUGAAUGUCCCUGUUCCUUUAUAGAGUAUUCUUGUUUCUUGCUUCUUGUCUCUCUCUGUUCCAACUUAAUUUCUAGAAUUAUUCUGCUCUUUCAUAUUCUUCUUGCUUCGGAGUUAAACAUUUUAUUAGAUUCUUGCGUCAUUCAAGUCCGGUUGUUUUCCACUCACUCUUACCUUUUUCUCUUUCUUGUUUCUGUCUGCUUUUUUAUGUCUUUCGAUUCCCUUCUUUGUAUCUUUCGAUUUUUUAAAAUUUCUUCUUCAUGUUUUUUCUUUGUUUCUCUUUCUUCCUGCUUCUUUGUAUCUUUCGAAUCUUUUUUUAUUUCCUCUUAA